AUGGAUCCAUCCAAUGUGAGAGCAACAUCACUAGUGUAUGCUUCAAAUGGAGCUUCACUGGACCCACGAAACUUUUACGCUACAUCGUAUUCUUCCUUCCAUGGCCAUGUCGCUCAUCAAGUUACUGGGAUGAUUCAGAACAGCAGCAAUACUGGCAUUAUUAGUAGUAAUGGAUUUUCUGGAAUCAAGAAACCUUCAACAACAGCAACGAGACGAACUGGAUUUGCUGCUAAUUUGCAUGGUUGGGUGCCUUAUGAGAAGAAGAUUGAUGAGAAGGGAUUUAAGAUUGAAGCACCAUUUCAAACUGAGACAGCUCAGCAGCAUGAUCCGCCAGGCCGUCCUAAAGAUUAUGGUCCAGUCAAAGUCAUUGGAUCUAUUGAAAGUGGAUGUACCACUAUGAGGAAGAAUACUUUGAAUCCUGCUCCAGCACCCCCAACUCCGGAUUCAUAUGCUGUUAUCAGUUGGAGAGAUCCACAUCUGGGGAACAAGUCAGCCAUGAAUGACUUGGCAAAGAUUUUGCCCGCUAGAACUGGUGCUUUUGUUUCUGAUGCUCCUGCCAAGAUUCAUCGGUUUGGAAGUGGCGAUGGACGCAACCGAUUUAUUAAGACACCUCCAAGUCUUCCCGGCAUAUCUCCAGCCGCCGAACCAGAUCACAUAUCAACGCCUCCAACCAAAAUCCCACGAAUUCCAGCCUUGAUGCGUGAAGAUGCCUUCACACGCUCAUCACGCCCGGGACUCCUCAAAACACCUCCUCACGUAUCAACAACACCGCUGCCACCAGACGCAGCCGAAUCCCACGCCCUCAAGCGCCGUGACCCAACAUACUGGACAUCCCUGCGCGACCCGAAAUCCAUAAUCCCAACAUCCCGGAUGCUCCAUCCUCCAAUCUCUGUAACGCAUGCAGCAGACCAUAUCGUAGGUCCCACCAAGACCAUUGAUACAAAUCUCGUCAAAAAGGAAUAUACCGGUGCAGCCAAACAGAAUCGGCCAUGGAAUGAUAUUCCUGAACCAAAUCCUGGUUCGAGGUUUACUACUGACAAUGAUGUGAGAUAUGCGUUUGAGAGUGGACGAUAUGGAUUGUUUAAGCCACAGUAUGGAGACGAUGAGUAUACACAUGGGCCAAUUGCGUACUCGGGAAUUGCGCAUAACUAUAUCAAUAGGCCUAAUCCGGAUGCACCGACUGAUGAAGAGAUUGUAAGUAAUGACAGGAAUCCAUUGAGCAACGUCGUUCUGCUUCCAUUUUUGGUUGUCGGUUCAAUGUCUCUAUAUCUUUGA